AAAAAUCACACCUGUCGACGGUCUGGUGGAUGAGAAAACAUUUGCCUGUUGUGGAGAGCAUACCGCCAUCGUACACGACUGAGAAGAAAUGAAGCUGCUUCUACUUUUUGCUUCUAUUUUGCUGCUUGCUGUCGUCACUCAGUCUUCAGGAAACGAUGACAUAGAGCCUGUCUGUAAGAAGUAUGGAAUCGCAUGCAACAAGGCUUAUAUUCCUGUGUGCGGCAGUGAUGGACUCACCUAUAGCAAUGAGUGUGACUUCUGUCAGACAAACCGAAUCGACAGAAGUGUCAAGUUGGUGAAGACAGGAAAGUGCAAUCCCUAACGUGCACACACUGACACAUUGUCUUUUGAGCAAAAACGUUCAAACUAUGAAUUAAAUGGCUUCAUUCAA